AUGAGGGCAUCUUCUCAGUGCAACUCAGCUGAACUCACAUCUCCUGUCAACAUAUCCUACAACUACUGCUCUGGAAACUUCUCCUCCUGCUCCUCUGGGGUCUACCUGCACUACCCAGGCUACUUCUGUGGCUCCUUAUACCACAGCAACCUGGUCUACAGCACUGACCUCUGCUCUCCUGGCACCUGUCAGCUGGGUUCUUCUCUCUAUAAGAGGUUUCAGGAGAUCUGCUGGGAUACCCCUAGCUGCCACAUGUCCUGUGUGGAGUCCAGCCCCUGCCAGACCUCCUGCUACCGCCCCAGAACCUCCUUGCUCUGCCGUCCCUGCCAGACAACUUACUCUGAGUCUCUAGGCUUUGGAUCCAGCAGCUGCCACUCCCUGGGCUAUGGAUCGAGGAGCUGCUACUCAGUGGGCUGUGGGUCCAGUGGCUUCAGAUCCCCGCAUUAUGGAGGCUGUGGCGUCUCUUCCCUGGGCUAUGGAUCUGGAUUCUGCCCCCUAACAUAUGUUCUCUCUAGGACAUUCCAGUCUUCUUAUUACAGACCAACUUGUGGAUCUGGCUUCUACCGAUAA